UACAUUACAUUUCAUUCGCUCCAGUGAAAAAAAAAGCUAUUUAUUACAAUGACUUAGAAAUGCCAUUUCAGACUCUGAGGCAUUUAGUAGCUUUAUGUUUCAUAGCUUUAGUGGUUUUAAGUCAUGCUAGCCGUCUUUCAGAAGACCGCGACGAAGGAAAGCCCAAGUCGUUGUUUGUGUUGGUGGCGGAUUUUUUGCAAUGGAUGUCUUGGUUUGUGAAGUGUAUUAUAUACUCUUUUUACGUCGUUAUCAAUACGUUAAUACUCACAGUAACAGAGGUCAUGUCGACUGUAGUUUCUAUCCCUCAAAAGGCGAUAAACAUGGUGGAAAUAGUUGGAUACAGCGUGCGAUUCGCUCUYCAAGCUAACUACAACUUCGUCUCAUCAUCCAUCGCAAUCGCUGGCCGAUUCUUAAAAAACUGCUGCGUAUUUCUAAAAGAUCUCACGAUUUCUAUAUUUGUAUCGAUAAAGUCUUUAUUCAAAAUGAUUCUUCAUUUCCUGCAUAAGGUGAUGUUCGGUUUACCAAAGYUGUUUGGGUAUGCAGGAUCUGGCGUCCAGACGACAGCAAACGCAGUUGGAGAAAUAGCUGUCAAAACAAAUACCUCAUUUCGUGGCGUGUUGUCGUCCAUUGGAGCAGUAUUAGAGCUAUUUGGUCGUUCAAUAGUGACGACAUUUCUUCUUGUAAUAGACUUCGUUACGUAUAUUCUUGUAUCAUGUGCAAAGUUUUUUCAGUUUAUUGGACRAAGUAUUAUUAAUCUGAUGGCUAGUGCAUCUAGAGGUACUAUACUCUUCUGCCAAAGGACUGGUGCUGCUGUUAAAUCCUCGACCUACUACAUCAUUGACUAUGUUGCACAUUUAUUGAAAGGUGUCAAAGAAUUUCUCCAACUUGUGUUUUCGACAAUUGCUACGGGUUUGCUGUCAAUGUUUCAGACUGUUGGACUUGUAGUCAUUAGAGCCUCCUUGAGUAUUUUUGAUGUAAUCAAGCAAGUUAUUUUCACUAUAAGCCAUGCAUUCAAUAAGACUAUCACACGUGUUGAAAAAAUGACAUUCACUGUGUUCCAGGCUGUUAAAGAGAGUAAAUUCUACAGCACACCUUAUAUGUAUGCAAGUAUCCCAUUAGUUCUAGUCCUGUGUUUGCUGUUUGUAAUCCAGAAAAUCAAUAUUCUCAAUGCUGCCUUUGUGUUUAUGGAGACAAUUAUACAACGCAUGAUAAUGAGAGUAGUUUUGGGAAAACAGAAAGAACCAAUCACACCUCAAGAACAGUGGUCAUAUGACAAUCAUUCUGCGAGCACAUCAUGUGGUGACGUUGAAAACCUUCAAAAACAGCUUCAACGUGAGAGGGACAAAAAUCUGUGUGUUGUUUGUCAGGAUGAAAUGAAAAAGGUUCUAUUGUUGCCAUGUCGACACAUGUGCAUUUGUUUGGGUUGUGCUAAUUACAUUACGUCUUCUUAUCAAAGGAACAGAAGAGUUUGUCCGCUCUGUCGUACCCACAUCACCUCAACCGUAGAAGUAUAUUCAUAGUUUAUUAAGAAUGUUUGGUACAACAAUUAUUAACAGAUCAAAGAGUUCUCCAAAUCUAUUUUAUAUGUUGCGGUCAGUGCCAGUUUUUGAGAGAUUAUUACAAUACUACAAAUAUGCAAAGACUAAAAUGCAUGAAAUGCAAUAUCAAUKUAGCAUUAAUAAGUACAAAAUUUGCCUUAAACUACAAACAUUAGUAAAUAGUGAAUGCACUUAGUCCGGAAACAAAAAAAGUACAAAAUAAGUGCUGAAUUACGAUGAUUCCUUUUUUCCUUUGUUCAAUCAAACAGUUUUAAUAGUAAUUAGUACUAUUUUGUUUCACAGAUGUAGGGUAUCUACUCUAACGAUUACUCAGAUAUCAAAUUAUAACAAAUAGUUUGCAAUUAAUGAAUGUAUUUAAAGUAUGAAAAACCAGAUACUGUACAAAGAGCAAAGAGCUCUUGUAGUYUCUUUAUAGUUAAUAUAGGAUAUUUUUGUAAGUUUACAAUUUCUAUAAAGUUUAGUAUUAAAACACUUCAAAUAUU